AAAAAUUGAACUUUUCAGAGAAUGUUGUGCCUCCGGGUUUUCCUGGUAGAUUUUCAUAUAAAUGGGUUAUCAUCACAAUGAGUGGGGGAUACAUCUCAACCAGCUCCGGGAGGAGCUGAGCUCCCGCUGUGUGAUUGUGGGGGGCUUCCCUCCCCCUCCUUCAACGGUACCCCAGAAUGUUUAUAGGUUAUUUCAGUGUCAACGGGCCGAGCCAGCAAGCGACGGAACAGCAUGGCUUGUCUUAUUUCAGAAUGCAGAACAAGCAAAAUGGUGGGUAACAAAUCGCAGCACUUUUCAAGUCGGAAACCUGAUUUUACACGUAGCUCCUUCCUCUGGAUCUAACAUUCCUGAUGCUUGGCUUCAGGAUGAUCAACAUGGAUCAGCGUCAGGUCAGAUGCCGGGAUAUCCUUCAAGUUUCCCUGUAUAUCCAGGAUACCAGGAAUAUCCCAGUCACUGUCCACCAGUAUCCAUGCCUUCAAUUCCACAGAGCGACCAGAUGCAUUCCAAUCCAUACAAUCAGCACAUACCUGUAUCCAGUCCACCAUUUCAGUAUCCAUCUGGGGGUCCAACAACAAGUCCUGGUGGUGGCUUGCCCCACAAAAUUCCCCCUGGAAGUGAACCACAGGUUAUAUCCUCUGACCCCAAGUCCUCUAAGUCAUCUAUGGCUCCUACAGUGUAUCAGAAUUUUCCCAGCAUGCCCAUGCCUGAGCCUGGAGCCAUGGCCCCGCCCUCUUAUGAGAGCCAUAAUUUCCCUCCUAAAUUGCCACCCAAGCCCUCAACCAUGAAAUCUCCUCAUCCUAUCCAAGGAGGAUACAGCAAGGACGAACAAUCCAGUAUUCUCCAGGGAUCAGAUAUAGACCCAGGGAGGACAUCUGUACAAGAAACGACAACAACUCCUGUCUGUGAUAGUAUCAGAAGUAUGAGGCUACCGAAGGGUAUAUCCGAAGAUUUCAUCUCCAAUUUCUUUGAAAAUGAGAAAAGAAGUGGUGGUGGAUAUGUAGCUAAUGUGGACUAUGACAAGAAGAAGAAUACUGCUAUUGUCAAGUUUGAGGAUCCAAGUGUGGUAAAGAGUGUCUUGCAAAGGCAGGAAAGUUCAGCCUUAGCGAUGAACAAACAGGAGAUAGAAGUUGAGGAGUAUCAUCCAUCAGCUGACCGUGAGAGUGAGGAGCAAGAGGUCACAGCAGUCAAGGUCACAAACCUGCCCCCGAGAACAAGCGAGGAUCAGAUAGAAUUGUUCUUUGAGAAUCGUAAGAAGAGUGGAGGUGGAGAGGUGGAAAAAGUGGAGAUUGAUGAGGCUACCAACAGUGCUAUUGUUUGGUUUAAAGAGGUUGAAGCGGUGAAAAGUGUCUUAAAAAGACAAGAAAGUUCAGCUCUUGUGAUGAACAAACAGCAAAUCGAAAUUGAAGAAUAUCAUCCACCAGGUGACAGUGAAAGUGAAGGUGAAUCUGACGUUGAGGAGCAAGAGGUCACUGCAGUCAAGGUCAUGAAUCUUCCUGCCAAAAUAACUGAUGAACAGAUAGAGUUGUUCUUUGAGAACCCUAGAAAAAGUGGAGGUGGAGAAGUGGAGAAAGUGGAGGUUGAUGUGGCUACCAACAGUGCUGUUGUUUGGUUUAAAGAGGCUGAAG